AUGAAGAAUGGGAAAUUUCUUGAAGGAAACUUUUUACCCAAAAUGGGUGUUGUUUUGGGUUUGAUGGCACCUUAUCAGUUGUGUUCCAAGAGUAACAGUCAAAAGUACGUCGUCAUUGCAUGCGUUUCUAUGGCCAUCACUGCUAUUGUACAUGGUGAAAANGUAGCCGCAGUUGUAAGGGACGUCAUUAUAACUCCUGACGCAGAAGAUCCUUUCAAAAAGCUGAAAGAAGAAAUUAUUGCACGCUGCGGGGAAACAAAGUCCCAGGAAAUUCGACGUUUACUCUCCGGAGAGCAACUAGGAGAUAGAAAGCCCAGUGAACUUUUGCGCACUAUGCAGAGAAGAGCUGAAUCCCACGAAAUCUCAGAUUCUCUACUUUUGGAACUAUUUCUAAAUCAGCUACCGCAGCAUGUUCAGUCGAUAUUGGCCGCAAUCCCUUCACUAAGUUCAACUAGAGCAGCAGAAAUCGCUGAUAAAGUAAUGGAAGUGUCAACUUCAAGUGAAGUUAGCGAAGUUUCUUCAAACCAACAAUGCACCUUUGAACUUUUAGAAGAAGUUAGAGCUCUACGAAAGGAAGUAGCAGCAUUGCGGACACGUAGCAGGUCUCGCAACCGAAAUUCUGCACAGCCGAAAUUCUACUAUCCCCACACAUAA